GACUGGUCAGAGUCAUGGAUUUGGGUCUUGCUGUUGUUUCAUUUUUUCUGCCUGGCCAUUACAGUCAUUACAGUUUUAAUGCAACAACAAAUUGUUCAAUUUGUUUUGUUUUUGUUUGCUGUGUACAUGUCGGAAAAUUUAAACAAAUGGGCAGCCAUUAAUUUCAGAGUUUUUUCAAAGCAUCAAUACUUUGAUAAGAAUGGAAUGUUCGUAUCAAUGGUUUUUUCAUUUCCAUUACUUUUCCUGUCAUGUUGCAUUGUGGUUAGCUAC